AUGGCGCCUAAGAAAAUCGGAGCCGGUGGAGAUUCGAACAUCUUGGCGAAGAUUUCAAAAUCCGACAUCGUCUCUCAGGGGAGACGCACCGCGUGCAACGCCGUAUACGUAUCGAAGAAGCUGUUGCGAAGUACAGGGAAAGCGGCGUGGCUCGCAGGCACAACGUUUCUGAUCCUCGUCGUCCCUUUGAUCAUCGAGAUGGAGCGAGAUCAGCAAUUAGGCGAGGUGGAGUUUCAGCAAGCCAGCCUCCUCGGAACUCCACCGGCCGGUGCGCUAAAUUAUAUGUAG